AUGCCUCUCGAGUGCAGGUACUCGAGCCCGUUUACGAUGCCACGCGUGUAUCGGCCGAUUGUGGGCUCGUCGAGUGGGCCCCGGCGAACGGCAUCGGCCAGCGUGCCACCUGGCGCGUACUCCAUGACGAGGUUGAAAAGGGGCCUGCGAUUCUCGAUGCUGACGUGGCAUCCGACAGUGGAGAGGAUUUUGUGCUCCCUCUGUAAGGGCCCGGCCCGCGAGAGGUCGGCGGAUUUAACGGCGAGGAUCUCGCCGGAGAAUCGGGCGGUGGCGGUGGACACGGUGGCCGAGGACCCGUGGCCUAUGAUGUGA